GAGGAUUCAGGAGCGGGGCUGGGAACAAUGGGUGCACAGAACCUGCCAAAGCUCCCUGCUUUUCUUUGCUCCCAGACUCUUAUUCUUCUAGCACUUUCUGGUUAAAUAUGCUUAGAUUGCAGUGUGGGCUGUGACUCAGGAGUGUGGGAAAAGGAAGCAUCACUCUGCACAGCCUGGCCUACCGGCCCACUGCCCACUGAUCCCUGAGGGGGAGCCCAGGCCCCUCAGCUGUGUCCACGCCUGUGCCUUCCUGUCUGGGUUUCCUCAUCCAGGAGACAGUCCAAGAGGAAGCCAGUGACUCCUGACCAUGGAGUUUCCUGACCCUGUAACAACAGGCCUCUGCCACACCUGACCAUCUCCCACUCCUACGACAGGUGCAGAACAGGGGAAUUCAGGAACCAUCCAGGCUAUAAGCUCGUGAGCAGCCUCACAGGGAGCCUCUCACCACAGCAGGCCUGGAUGGGACCAGGGGCAGCUGGAGACUCCUUGGUACCAGCACGUUUUUUAAACCUUCUUUUGCUUUAGGCCUCCUCAACAAGCUUCAGCCAGGAGGUGCUUUGUAUUCUGAGCCAACAGUAGACAGGUCGAUUUCGAUCCCCUGAUUAAGGAGAGAAAAAUCGUCCAAACUCUUCUCUGCUGUUUCUUUUUGGUACAGCCCUAAAAUUCUCUGGGUAUCGUGUUACUCCCUGCUCUGCUCACAAACCUCGGGGCAGCCCCACGUCAGUAGGACUGAUCACUUGCGGGGAAGACUUCUCAUUCCAUCUUCUCUGGCCACGGCAGCUGCUUAAACUUGCCUCCCUCAAGAGUCGAGGAAGAGACCGCCUCAUGGAACUGAUCAAGUGGACUCCUCAGGGAGCCCCCAACCAGACCCAGGCCAGCACUGGCCUAGGCUACCUGCUGAGGGACCACAUGGAAGGGAGGAGCGGCACCAACUCCACCAGGGCCCUGAAACUUCCAGAUGGGACCAGCGCUGCCUGGUACAUCCUCACCAUCAUUGGCAUCUACGGAGUGAUUUUCCUCUUCCGGUUAGCCAGCAACAUCCUCAGAAAGAAUGAUAAAUCCCUGGAAGAUAUUUACUACUCAAAUUUGACCUCUGAACUCAAAAAGAAAGGUCUCCAAAGCAAAGUGUCCAAAUGCUCUGCAUUAACGAUUAGCAACAGACCUGUCCUGCAGCCCAACCAGGCCAGCCUGGGGCCAACAUUCAAAAACAGUGAGUGCCAAACUGAAAUCCAAGGGAUCCCUUGAAAGUUCAAGGCAAGCCGACCUCUACAGAAGAGGCCCAACCUUCAUACAAGGGGAAGCAGCUUUGAGUUUACCUGGAACCUUGAGAGAAGAGUCAGAUCCUUGAGUGGGGCUGGAAGAGGAUCACUGGGGCACUUAGGCCAAUGGGAGUGUGACUGAAGGCCAGCAUCCCAUCCUGUUUCCUUCUCAGGCGUUGUGGCACUUUGAGACAGGACAGCAGGGGCAGCAGCUUCCAGUCAUACCCUUCACUGGAAAAGGUUAUGUUCCAGGGAAGGACAUGGAGCAUUGAGUGUUCUCAGAGAAUCUAGGAGAUUCCUGAGGGGUAUUCACGAAAGUAGCCUCUUGUCAUGGAAAGAAGACUGAAUUUGGAGUCAAGCGCCCUGGAUUAAAGUUCAACUUCCAGAGGAUGACAUCAACUUUGAGUGACUCGUGGCUCUCACCUGGAAUGCAUGGCAGGGGGAUAUAUGGCUUCAAAGAGCUAUUCAUUCUAGAGGUUCUCACUUAGAGCCAAGGUUGUUAACAGCAGAAGUCAGUCAGAAGUUCUUCAUUUUUAUUGAAAGCAUGGGGUCCAUUGAAAAAAAGUAUUAAUUUUGGAGUCAGAGGAAUCCAACUCUAGUCAAGGACACUUAAGUAACAAGGAACUCAACACCUCACCUCUCUGGACCUUAGUUUCCACACAGAUAAAAUGAGAAUGAUGAUGUCUGGUCUGUCAAACUACAAAGUAGAUAAGAGCUAAUAAGAUCAUGCAUAUGAAGAUAUUUUUCAAAGUAAAGUAAAAAUGUAAAAUAUAAACCCUGUGCUCAUAGUGGUGUGGUGGUUGAUGCUAUGGGGGUAUUGGUGUUAGUGAUGAUGGUAGUGAUGUCAUUGGUAAUAGCUGAUGUUGAUGAUGGUGUUGGUGGUAGUAUUGAUGGUGGGGUUGAUGGUUGAUGUUGAUGAUGGUCAUGUUGUUGGUGGUUGAUAUUAAGGGUGAUGGUGGUGGUAGUGGUGGUUGAUAUUGAUGAUAGUGGUGGUGGUUGAUGGCUGAUGUUUACUCAAAUGUUUUAUAAAUAUCUGUUACUUAUAUAUUUGUCUCUGCCUAAAAAGAAGUAAGACCUUGCCUAGAUGAGUAAUUAAUUUAGAGAGAUGGUGAUUAGCUGAACUUCUGCAGGCUUUCAGCAGGCAAAGGGAUAAGUUAUUUGUUGUACCAACUUCUAUGAAGUUUAUUCAGCUCCGUUUUUGGAGACAUUCCUCGGAUUACAAAUGAAAAAAAGUGGGGUUUUUUUCCCCCCUGUCUCCAGAUAGUGGUCUGCAACCAGCCCCACAUUUCAUAAAAGUCAGAAUUAAACCUCAAGCUUUUGUUCUUAGAGGGUGAGGUCAACUUCCAAGUAUUCUUCUUUCUUUUUUUUUUUUUCUUUUUUUAAAAAAUAUUUUCCACAGAUGUUAGAAAUGUUGGCUUGUUUAUAUAGUUAGGGCUAGGCAUCAUCCAUAUGUUUGAGAUGGUUAUAAGGCAGGAUAAAAGAGAAGGAAAUAUAGACAAAAAUGUAAUCCACAGCAAAUAGGAACAUGGAAUGUAUUACAAUGGGAGUGAAAGGUCAGAACUUAAGUGAAUUUGAAGAUUCAGUCGUCUCCUGUUACCUGCUUCCCCAGCAUGCAUUUCCCUCUUCCUUAACCCAACCACCCCUAAUUUACAUUUGGAGAUCCAUAUGGCACUAAGGAAGCUGAAACUACUCCCAGUUCAAGGGCUGAAAUAGGAGAGCCAUGUCAAUCUAAUCAGCACAAUCCAUUUCCUGGCUUCACGGAUUGGGUCCAAGAAGGACUCAUGACCUAAGUGAGCUGAUCUUCAGAAUGAUUGGAAAGAUUUUAAAGGGAGAUUCUGGGACAUAAAAGUUCUGUCUUGUGCAGGAUUGUGUUAAAUGCAGAUCUGAGCCUAUAAUUGCUGGAGCCCUUUUGCCAACGUUAGAAAAGCCAGUUUGAGGGCAAAAUCCAGCCUGGAGAGGAGAACUGAGAAUAUCACAGAGACUAGAGUCCCAAUCAAACUGUGCUUGAAGGGAAACCUGGGUGGCUCAGUGGUUGAGCUUCUGCCUUGAGCUCAGGUCAUGAUCCUAGGGUCCUGGGAUCAAAUCCCACAUCAGGAUCCCCAUAGGGAACCUGCUUCUCCCUCUGCCUCUGUCUCUGGGUCUCUCAUGAUUAAAUAAAAUCUUAAAAAAAAAAAAAAAAACUGUGCCUGAAGCCUUAAUUUGCUACAGGACUGUUUAGUUUGUGAGCCAAUAAAUCUCCUUUAUUAAACUUUCUGACCCCCCUCAACCAAAAAUAUCCUGUAUGAUACUGCUGGAUAAAUAAUUUCCUGAAGGAAGUGAGCCUUGAAGUAGAAUUUGAAAAGAGGAGCAAUGUGAUGUGGUAAAUUAGGAUCCUUUCCUUCAUCAAGGUUUUUCUAUUUCUAGGAUUUUGGGGUUUCAGGGAAAAGAUAGAUUUGGUAUGCUUCUAAUGCCAGUUCAGUGAUCACUUGUAUAAUUUCACAUUGCUUGGCCUCUCAAGGAGCAUUCAGUGAGAUCCUGUUCCAUUUAAUCUCCAACCCUUGACUCUGUUAGUAAACCACCAUGGAAAUCCCAAGAAGGGCUUGCCAUGUUAGACACGUGGUCAGGGACAGGCUUUUACAGUAUUUCCUAAGGAACAAAGCCACCAUCUUCCCAUUGACACUCAGAUGCAGUUAGUUACAUGAGAUCCAAGGAUAUUUUCCCAGGCCACCUGUUUCUUGAUACAAAUUCACCUGUUUUCUGGGGAGCUGAUCUAAGAGUUUGCAUGGGAGAUGUGUUCCUGGAUGGAGACUACAUUCUCCAUUUUAAGCAAGACUGGUGAGACACAAGUACUAUGAAUAUUUUAUGCAAAAUCCUUUAAAUCUAAAAUGCUCAGGCUCAGAAUAAUCCACUACUAUCUUGGCAAACCCCAUGUAGCUGGACCAGUGGGAAAUGUACCAGCACCACAGUGUGGGUGUUUAGUUCAGCAAGUGAGCUUUGUGCAUUCCACCAACCCUGGUGGAAGCAGGAACAGAGAAAGCUGAUUCUCAACAUUUCAGACACUUUUUCUUUUUUUUGUCCCUAUAGUAAGUUACCCCCAAGAUUAGAGGAUCAGGUCAAUUAAAGGCCUACCUCUGCCAUUGAGAUUACUUAAAAUGGAUCUGGCUAACAGUUUCCAGGAAUGGCUUCUCUGGGGGUUUGUGGUUGAAUGUACCAUGAUUUCUACCAAAUCAAAUCCAAGUUACCAGAGUUUUCCUGGGUGUUUGGAACACUCCUAUUCUAAAUGAAAUUCUGAUCAGUUCAGCUGCAUUUUCAUGUGUCUGGUGUGAUGUAUUAUCAGAACAUUUUAUUUUAUUUUGUUUAUUUUCUUAAGGAUUUUUAUUUAUUUAUUCAUGAGAGACACACAGAAAAGAG